AUGGGGCCGAAAGAAGAAAAUGAUUUGGCUGCUAUACAGCGGGGUGAAGACGAUGAGGAUUUGAUAGUAAAGAAGUACCAAAGAGGUGAUGGUAUCAAUUUGGAGGCUUUGCGAGAUAAGAAGUUAAAAGGUCAGCUUCGUGUUAGAGAAGAUUUAAAUAAAAAGUCUGCAAAAGCUGCUGCUUUAAUUGAGAAGUGGCUCAUGCCAGGUGGAGGGGGAUAUUUAAUAGCUGAAGGCCUAGAGAAAACAAAGAGGGUCUUGCAGGAGGACCUUGGCGAAGCCGUGGACAUCCUAAGCAGACAGAAGCAAUAUGAUAUAGUCCUACCAGAGUUUGGACCUUAUUCGCUGGAUUUUACAUCAAGUGGCCACUACAUGGCACUAGCUGGUCGCAAAGGCCACUUUGUAAUUUUAGACAUGAAAAGUAUGCACAUUAUCAGAGAUUUUCAGGUGAGGGAAACUGUACGUGAUGUGGUAUUCCUGCACAAUGAAUUGUUUUUUGCUGCUGCCCAGAAGAAAUAUCCUUAUAUAUACAACCAAGAUGGCAUAGAACUUCACUGCCUGAAGGAACAUGGUCCGGUAGAAAAGCUUCAGUUUCUGCAAAAUCAUUUCCUACUUGCUACCAUUAACAAAUCUGGGCAGCUCCGUUAUCAAGAUGUUACCACAGGUGAAAUAGUAGGCAACCUUCGAACUGGUCAGGGUCGUUCAAAUGUUAUGGAGGUGAAUCCCUUCAAUGGUGUAGUUGCAGUAGGCCACUCUCGUGGCUCUGUAAGCAUGUGGAAGCCAACCACUGCUGCUCCGCUGGUCAAGAUGCUGUGUCAUCAAGGGCCCGUCAGUGCGAUGGCAUUUCACAGUAAUGGCCAUUUAAUGGCAACAGCUGGAAUGGAGCGAAAGAUUAAGCUUUGGGAUUUGAGGAAGUUUCAGGUCCUUCAAACAUUGCAUGGCCAUGCCCAAACAUUGGAGUUCAGUCAAAAAGGGUUGCUUGCAGGAGCAACUGGAUCGUGUGUGGAAGUUUGGAAAGUUGAAUCUGGAACCAGCAGUUACGAAAGCUAUAUGAGUCAUACCAUGGCAAAAGGUUUCCAGGUAGGCCGUGUUGCCUUUCAGCCAUAUGAAGAUGUCUUGUGUUUGGGGCACUCCAAGGGUUACACUUCAAUCUUGAUUCCGGGUUCCGGAGAGCCCAAUUUUGAUACAUGGGUGGCAAACCCAUUCGAGACCUCUAAGCAGAGGAGAGAGAAGGAAAUACACGCUCUUCUUGAUAAGCUACCUCCCGAGGCAAUCAUGUUAGAUCCCACAAAGAUUGGAGCAGUGAGGCCUGCAAGAAAGAAGGAAAAGCCAACAAAGAAGGAGAUGGAGGAAGAGAUGGAAGCAGCAAUUGCUGCUGCCAAAGACAUUAAGAUGAAGAAGAAAACAAAAGGUAGGAAUAAGCCAAGUAAAAGAGCAAAGAAGAAACAGGAAGCUGUGGAGAAAGCAAAGAGAGCGUUCUUGCAGCAUGGUGUCGCAGAGGAAUCAUCGAAGAAGAGGAAGAGGAUUAGCGAGGAAACUGAAGUACCAAUAUCUUUGCAGCGGUUCGUUAAGAAGAAAAUAUCAGGAUGA